CUCAGUGAGCCUACACUGAGCAACACACCCAGCACAGCAUUUGAAUCCAUGACGACCACAGUCUCUCCGAGCACCAGUCUUCCUCCCCAGUGUCCGGGAGACCAGGUGAAGCUGGAGAACGGCUGCAGCUGUCCAUCUGGCAUGGUGAAGGACGGAGACAACUGUAGCUGCCCUGUGGGCUUCACUCCGGAGGGGGCCGCAGGGUGUAAAGCAGCUCCCCUGACGACCACAGUCUCUCCGAGCACCAGUGUUCCUCCCCAGUGUCCGGGAAACCAGGUGAAGCUGGAGAACGGCUGCAGCUGUCCAUCUUGGCAUGGUGAAGGACGGAGACAACUGUAGCUGCCCUGUGGGCUUCACUCCGGAGGGGGCCGCAGGGUGUAAAGCAGCUCCCCUGACGACCACAGUCUCUCCGAGCACCAGCGUUCCUCCCCAGUGUCCGGGAAACCAGGUGAAGCUGGAGAACGGCUGCAGCUGUCCAUCUGGCAUGGUGAAGGACGGAGACAACUGUAGCUGCCCUGUGGGCUUCACUCCGGACGGGGCCGCAGGGUGUAAAGCAGCUCCCCUGACGACCACAGUCUCUCCGAGCACCAGUGUUCCUCCCCAGUGUCCGGGAAACCAGGUGAAGCUGGAGAACGCCUGCAACUGUCCAUCUGGCAUGGUGAAGGACGGAGACAACUGUAGCUGCCCUGUGGGCUUCACUCCGGAGGGGGCCGCAGGGUGUAAAGCAGCUCCCCUGACGACCACAGUCUCUCCGAGCACCAGCGUUCCUCCCCAGUGUCCGGGAAACCAGGUGAAGCUGGAGAACGCCUGCAACUGUCCAUCUGGCAUGGUGAAGGACGGAGACAACUGUAGCUGCCCUGUGGGCUUCACUCCGGAGGGGAUGGCAGGGUGUAAAGGUGAAGAGAGGCAGAAUGAGCGUUAA